AUGGUGGGGUCCUCAGCAGCAGUGCCGCGGUCACGGCGCAGCAGCAGCAGCAGCAACAGCAGCAGCAGCAGCAGCAGCAGCAGCAGCAGCAGCAGCACCUGUAGCCGCAGCAUUACCCCUGGGCCGAGCGGGCCCGGCAGCAGCAGCAGCAGCAGCAGCAGCAGCGUGACCCCCGGCGGUUCCAGCCGCAGCGGCAGCCCCAGCAGCAGCAGCAGCAACAACAGCAGCAGCAGCAGCAGCAGCAGCAGCAGCAGCAGCAGCAGCAGCGGGACUGCCUUCUACCGGCAUUGUGUGUCUCCUUUCUGCGACUCCAUUUGUUCUUUGCUGCCGCGUUGGAUGCAUCCGGAUUUGAUUUCUUUCUUUGGUUUGUGCUGCGCUGCUGCUGCUGCGUUUUGCUGCUGCGUCGAGCCCAGCAGCAGCAGCAGCAGUAGCAGCAGCAGCAGCAGCAGCAACAGCAGCAGACUCGUGGCUGCUGCGCUCUUCUGGAUCCUUUACGGCAUUCUGGACAACUUGGACGGCAAGCAGGCCCGGCGGCUGGGCCUCUGCAGCGCGGGGGGAGAUUUCUUCGACCACUCGAGCGACUCUGUGUCUUCAUCAUUUGCUGCUUUGAUUCUGAUGCACAUACUUGCUGCUGCUCCUGCUGCUGCUCCUGCUGCUGCUGCUGCUGCUGCUGCUCCUGCUGCUGCUGCUGCUGCACCCGCAGCAGCAGCAGCAGCAGCAGCAGCGGAGCAGCGGGCCUGCGUCUCGCUGGGGCUGCUGCGGGGGGCCCCGCUGCUGGGGGUGCUGCUGCAGCGCAGCAGCUGGGGGUUUAGG